ACACUGCUGCGCAUGCGCCUCCUGACUCUUCCUCUGGGCGCCACUCACAGCCGAGGGGGCGGGGACGGCUUUCUUUCAUUGGUCGCCGCAGUAAGCUCUCCGCCGGCCCCCGUUUCAGGAGUACUGCGCCGGCGCUCCGAGCGGCGACUGGCGCGGCUCCCAAACUGUCGUAAACGCGCUAACUGACGCAAAAGCAAAGCCGCGUGGGUGAAAAACGGCCUUUGCUUUACGGCAGAUUCCUCUGUGCGCACCUGCGAUUGGCUGGUGAGUCAAGGCGCGCGCUCCUGCCCGGUCGCGCUUUGUUGACGACAGCGGUAGCGGCCGGCUGGCCGGGCCUGGGUAAGGAGCCACGUGGGGUGCUCGUGGUGGGUAGAAAAUGUCUUUUAGAGGCAGAGGAGGUGGCGGAGGAGGCAGAGGUGGCUUCAAUCGUGGUGGUGGAGGUGGCUUCAAUCGUGGUGGUGGAGGUGGCUUCAAUCGUGGUGGAGGAGGUGGCUUCAAUCGUGGUGGAGGAGGUGGCUUCAAUCGAGGUGGACGAGGUGGCUUUGGGCGUGGAGGGGGUGGACGAGGAGGCUUCAACAGAGGAUAUGACCAAGGACCUCCUGAAAGUGUAGUUAUAUUGGGAGAAUUCAUGCAUCCUUGUGAAGAUGACAUUGUUUGCAAAUGCACAACGGAAGAAAACAGAGUGCCUUAUUUCAAUGCACCAGUUUACUUGGAUAAUAAAGAGCAGAUUGGCAAAGUGGAUGAAAUAUUUGGACAGCUAAGAGACUUUUAUUUUUCAGUUAAACUGUCAGAAAACAUGAAGGCCUCUUCCUUUAAAAAAUUACAAAAGUUUUAUAUUGACCCAGCAAAGUUAUUGCCAUUGCAAAGGUUUUUGCCUAGGCCUCCAGGUGAGAAAGGUGCUCCAAGAGGAGGUGGGAGAGGAGGACGUGGGAGAGGAGGAGGUAGAGGUGGAGGUGGCUUCAGAGGAGGAAGAGGUGGUGGAGGCUUCAGAGGAGGAAGAGGUGGAGGUGGUGGCCGUGGUUUCAGGGGUAGAGGACGUUAAAAAGUGGAGAUAUUGGCAUCUAACUGCUGAAUUUUCUAGUGGACCUGAAAAGUAAUAAAUUGUUUUUAAAGCAAGCAAAGUAACAAAAUGUAUCGCCAACAUUAAUUGUUACAACUAAUGGAUGCUUAUCAACACAUGAAGAGGAUGUGUUCACCCAUGAAAAAUUGAAGGCAGCUCUUUAUUCUUCACUUGAAAUAUACUUGAACAUUUUUUAAUGAUCAAAGCAGACUUUAAAUUUUAUGUUUUUAGAUUCUUCAUUUCUGACAGUCUAUUUUAGUUAAUGCUUGACUUCAUGUUGAAGUUGAAAGUUAAUGAUCCACUGAAGAAGUAAAAAAAAAAAAAAAGCUACAGAUUCUCUAAGGGCACAGAUAUGAAUCUAUGUUACACAUGACUGGUGUCUUGUUCUCCCUGUCUUUUUAUUGUUGCAUUUGUUGUGCUGUGUAUGUUGCACAUAUCCUGCUUAAUUCUUUCUCUUGUUUACUAUUUUGGAAUAUUUUCAAUGACUAACAAAGUCUAAAAACCAAAUAUUUUAAAAAAUAGAAAAUUUGUAUAAAACGCACCAUGCCAGAAAAGGAGGAUAGUAAAGAAUACUUAAUACA